UGACCAGACGCGGAGCCACUUAGUGCUUCCUCCUCCCCCAACCCGGGUCUGUCCUGCCUCCGCCGUCUCCUCUUUCUCCGCCUGCAUCCCCCGGGGGGCAGAGUGUGGGAAGAACGAAUUUCCGCCGGGUUUGCGCGCUCCAGGCCGACAUGGGUCCUUUCCGGACGCGGCUUGCGCGGCCCCCACGCUGCCCACCUCGGCUGCGCUCCGGGUCCCUCCGGGCCGCGAGCGGGCAGGCGCGGGAGACAUGGGCCUAGGGGUCGGCGCUCCGCAGCCAAGCCGCACCCCGGCCGCUCUUGGAAGGGCUCCCGCCCGCAGUGGGGGAAUCCGUUUGGCGGGGAGAAUCCGCGCCAGGGAAUCCAGCUCUCCGGACUCCAGAGCAAACAAAAAGCACCAAGACUUGCUCGCUCCUCCCGCCCCUGAUGUGCACCCGAAGAAACAGUUUUCUGCAGAAAUGCAACAAGUAGCACCCGGGGCUCGCCCAAAGCCCAGCUUCUCCUGAUCUGUCUCCGCGAACUCGGCCUGCGGAGACCCGGGCCAGCCACCUGGACAAAGGGCGGAGGAAGGGCUGGACAGAGCAGCAGAGAAGUCCGAAAAGAGGCCUCUUAGCGACUUCGGCCGGGCCGAGGGGAAUGCAGAGGAGACACAGAGCCAGCCGGCCCAGAGGACGAUCCGGCCUCAGCGCGCUGGGCGGGCGGGGAUGGCGGGUGUCGGCGCCCUGCGCUUCUGGCUCAUGGUGUGCGGCUGCCUGGCGUUCCCGCCGCGGGCCGAGUCCGUGUGCCCCGAGCGCUGCGACUGCCAGCACCCCCAGCACCUCCUGUGCACCAACAGGGGGCUCCGCGCGGUGCCCAAGACCAGCUCGCUGCCUAGUCCCCAGGACGUGCUCACCUACAGCUUAGGCGGCAACUUCAUCACCAACAUCACCGCCUUCGACUUCCACCGCCUGGGGCAGCUGAGACGGCUAGAUCUGCAGUACAACCAGAUCCGCUCCCUGCACCCCAAGACCUUCGAGAAGCUCUCGCGACUGGAGGAGCUCUACCUGGGCAACAACCUCCUGCAGGCGCUCGCUCCCGGCACGCUGGCCCCGCUGCGCAAGUUGCGCAUCCUUUACGCCAACGGGAACGAAAUCAGCCGCCUGAGCCGCGGCUCCUUCGAGGGCCUGGAGAGUCUGGUCAAGCUCCGGCUGGACGGCAACGUGUUGGGAGCGCUGCCGGACGCAGUCUUCGCUCCCCUGGGCAACCUACUCUACCUACACUUGGAGUCUAACCGGAUCCGCUUUUUGGGCAAGAACGCCUUCAGCCAGCUGGGCAAGCUUCGGUUCCUCAACCUCUCCGCCAACGAGCUGCAGCCCUCGCUGCGCCACGCGGCCACCUUCGUCCCCCUGCGCUCCCUCUCCACCCUCAUCCUCUCCGCCAACAGCCUGCAGCACCUCGGCCCCCGAGUCUUCCAGCACCUGCCACGCCUGGGCCUGCUCUCGCUCAGCGGCAACCAGCUCACGCACCUCGCGCCGGAGGCCUUUUGGGGGCUGGAGGCCCUGCGCGAGCUGCACCUGGAAGGCAACCGGCUGAACCAGCUUCCCCUGGCCCUGCUGGAGCCCCUGCACAGCCUGGAGGCGCUAGACCUGAGCGGCAAUGAGCUUUCCGCCCUGCACCCCGCCACCUUCGGCCACCAGGGCCGGCUGCGCGAGCUCAGCCUGCGCGACAACGCGCUCAGCGCCCUCUCCGGAGACAUCUUCGCGGCCAGCCCGGCUCUCUACCGGCUCGAUCUGGACGGCAACGGCUGGACCUGUGACUGCCGGCUGCGAGGUCUGAAGCGCUGGAUGGGCGCCUGGCACUCUCAGGGUCGCCUCCUUACCGUCUUCGUGCAGUGCCGCCACCCCCCGGCCCUACGGGGCAAGUACCUGGAUUACCUGGACGACCAACUGCUGCAGAACGGCUCCUGCGUGGAUCCCUCAGCUUCCCCCACGGCAGGCGGGAGGCAGCGGCCGCCACCCACCACCGCGGGGAAGGGGACGACGCCCCCUGCGGGAGGGCUCUCGAGGGAGCUGCCACCCCAACCGCUGCCCCAGCAGCGGGGAAGACUUCUACCGGGAGCGGCCUGGAGUGGGGCCGCCAAGGAGCUGGUGGGCAACCGCAGCUCACUAAGGCUGAGCCGGCGGGGUCCAGGCCUGCAGCAUCAGGGCGCCCCUGGCGCUGCCGCCUCAGGCCUUGCCCCACAGUCCCUGGACCUGCACGAGAAGCCGGAGCGAGGAGGUCCCACCCGGGCCCAUCUGGCCCAGGCAGCUCCCACCCCGACGGCUGAGCCCGCCUCCGGGACCCCACCUGCCAGAGACAGCUGGCAGCGCGCCGCGAAGCAGCGCCUAGCCUCGGAGCAGCAGGAGCGCGCAGGCCAGGCCGACGGCGGGGUCGGCGCGCCACCGCUCGUGUCUGACCCCUGUGACUUCAACAAAUUCAUUCUGUGCAACCUGACGGUCGAGGCGGUGAGCGCCGACAGCGCCUCGGUGCGUUGGGCGGUUCGCGAGCACCGCAGUCCCCGGCCGCAGGGCGGCGCACGCUUCCGCCUGCUUUUCGACCGCUUUGGCCAGCAGCCCAAGUUCCAGCGCUUCGUCUACCUGCCCGAGCGCAGCGACUCGGCGACGCUGCACGAGCUGCGCGGGGACACCCCCUACCUCGUGUGCGUGGAAGGCGUGCUCGGGGGUCGAGUUUGCCCGGUGGCCCCCCGGGACCACUGCGCAGGCCUGGUAACCUUGCCAGAGGCGGGAGGCCGAGGCGGCGUCGACUACCAGCUCCUGACCUUGGUCCUGCUGGCGGUCAACGCGCUGCUGGUGCUCCUGGCUCUGGCGGCCUGGGGAUCGCGGUGGCUGCGGAGGAAGCUGCGUGCCAGGCGGAAGGGAGGGGCCCCGGUUCACGUUCGCCACAUGUACUCCACCCGACGGCCCCUGCGCUCCAUGGGCACCGGUGUGUCCGCGGACUUCUCGGGUUUCCAGUCGCACCGGCCCCGUGCCACCGUGUGCGCGCUCAGCGAGGCGGACCUCAUCGAGUUCCCCUGUGACCGCUUCAUGGACAGCUCCGGCGGUGGGACCGGUGGCAGCUUGAGGCGGGACGACCACCUCUUGCAAAGAUUUGCUGACUAGGCUCAGUGCCUCGUGGGUGUGGAAACGAUCUCGGCCGCCUUGAGGAGCCACUCUCCGUGGUCUCAUGCCAUCUCAGAGAACAAGAGGAAGGACUUGUUCUCUUUGACCUGUUCUUUCUCUCUUCUGUGCAUUUGCUGAGGCCAGUGGUUACUGAAAGGGAAUCUGGAUGCCACCUUUCCCAUCCAGUACUCACAAAGCAAAUGGGCGGUUCUUGGUGGACAAACCCCAAAGCGGGGACAAAUGGAUGAUGGAGUAAAGGUGGGAUCUUGUCUAGGGUAUGGCUCCUGUGACAUUUCAGCACAGUAACUGGGCCAGCCUUGGGCUAGAAAGGGUGCUUCACACUCCCGCCACGACCAGGAGAUCCUGGUGUACACGCAUUUGUUUGCUCUAAGGCAAACAGAGUUCUGUUUCUAGUUAAGGAAAAGGGGAGUUACCGCCAUCACAAAGGGGCUCCAGCAAUGACCCCACCGAUCUGAGGGUCCCUGCCAAGAUGGGCAGGGUAAAUAGGUACCACCCUCGCCCAGGAUCCCUUUUCUGUGGGCUGGUAGAGUACCCAAGAAGCCUCAAGGUUUAAAUAACAAGAAGCUGCCUUUUUCAACAACAUGAAGAGCAUUUAACUGACCAAUAAAUUCAAAGACUUUUAAUUGGACUGGGUUCCCUUCUACUGUUUGUCUAGUUCGGGAGAUGACCUUUUGCUGACCUUUGGGUAACUGAUACUGUUCUCAGGAGAAGGUAGCAUGCAGUACUUCUCCACCAGGCUUGUUCACAUGGUUUUAAAAUUUAUUUUUAAAAAUCUAUAUACAGGAAAAAUUGAAUGCCAGAUUUGAUUAAAAAAAAAAAAAAGACAAGAAUGCUAUAUGUAUGUAGCCAAUGACUCGCUGACUCCCUAGGGCAAUCCAGCCUUCCAGAUCAGUUACCACAUUUCUGAAAGCGUGUCUAGAGGGGGAUAAAUGUGACCCACUCGUCACUGCAUUUCAUCAGUGCCCCGCCCUUCUUGGCAGCACCUAUUUCUGAGUCGCACGGUCAGGCAAUAAGAUAGUUGUCAGACCAGGGGCCCACUUUUAGUGGUGCCAUGUGCUCAUGAGGCUCUGAGUUCAUUCCCAGUACCACAAAACAAAGCAAUAGGUGAUUGUCCGUGAGCAGUGUAAUCUCUGACCACAUUACUGUUGUUCUUUCUAAGGAACAGAAGAUGAGAAGAAGUGGGAAACAAAUGUGAAAAAUCAAUACAGUAGUGAGUAUGUGUUUCUACUAAACCCAGAAGAUCAUGAGUACUUAACUCUCACU